AUGGCCGCCUCACUGGAAUCACACUCCCAAGCCGCCUCGUACGCCCAGAGCGGCUACGGCAACCGCAUGGGCUGGGGCGACCGACCAGUCCUGGUGCUGAUUGAUGUGUGCAAGGCGUACUGGACGCCCGGGUCGCCGCUCGACUGCAGCGCGCACGAGCCGACGACGCGGGCGCCGCAGGUGAUGCGCGAGCUGCUGGCGGCGGCGCGGGCGUCGGGGUCGCCCGUGGUCUGGACCGCCGUCGAGUACACGGACCCCGAGAUGCGCGACGCGGGACUGUUUUGGCUCAAGUCCAAGACGCUCAAUGUGUGGAACGUCGAGGACCGCCGGGGCCUGGGCGACUGGGUCGAGGGCCUGGUGCCCGGCCGCGGCGAGCUGGUCAUCAAGAAAAAGUACGCCAGUGCCUUUUUUGGCACGUCGCUCGCUACCGAUCUCCGCGUCAUGGGCGCUGAUACCGUGGUCCUUUGCGGUGUGAGUACGAGUGGUUGUGUCAGGGCUAGUACGCUGGAUGCUAUGCAAAAUGGGUUUAGACCAAUGGUGGUGGGAUCUGCAUGCGGUGAUCGAAGUGACGAAAUCCAGAAUGCCAAUCUUUUUGAUCUCAACGCCAAGUACGCAGACGUUGUCACUGAUACAGAGGCAAUCGAACACCUCAAGACGGGUUGGCCAAAGUCUUGA